AUGCCGUCCCAGUUCGUACCAGCUCAAAAUUCCCGCCAUCGCAUCGCCGCAAUUGCCUUGUAUCGUGCUCUCGUCCGAGAGGCUCGCGCUGUGCCACUCCCCAACGAUGUACUGCGCCAGGGUGUCGAAAACCCACUGCCGCGGUUCGUGAAGAAAGGGUUCAAGAGAAACCAGACCGAGGCGAGCUAUCGCCUUGUACUUGCUGCGCUAUCCAAGGGGUACAAGUUUCUGAACCUCUUCAAAAGCGCCCAGACCCCAUCGUCAAAAGAAUACUCCGAAAUCCUCACCUACCUCCGCGAGAAGAGCCUGCGUGAUGCGAGAUCAGAAGCAGGCAAAUCGCCGCCGCCGUCGCCGAAGCUCGAGCGUCCAAAGCCCAAAUGGCCACCCCUGCUCAAGCGCAUAUCUCCUCUUGACGAACCUCCCGUCUACAUCUCUGAACGUCACCCCGUCCCUCGCGAGAACCUCUCCGGCAUACGGCAUGUGCCCAAUAUCGCUGUGACUGCACAUGGUGUUGUGUUCAUGCGCCAAGGCAAGCCGCAGCACCGCUCCGUUUGCGAUUAUGUCCAGAAGAAGAACAAGUAUAAGAUCAAGAACAUGAAUCAUCUGCUCGCCUCGAUGCGCGAUGAACAGCAGUUUGCGAGGGAGGAGGACCAGUGGGAUGGGCACCUUCAUAGCGAGAUCAAGUCCCAAAAGAGGGUGGUGGAGAGGCUGAUCAGGUUGCGCCAGAAAAUUGAGCAGCCCCUUUCAGACCUUCCCGACUGGGUUGAGAAGCCAGACGUCAGGAUGAAAAACCUUGAUUCGUGGGCAUUUGAUGAGAGUUACACCAACAGCGUGGCCGCGACGUAUAAUGAUGCAAGCAGAAGGCUGAGUGAGGAUGCGGCUGAUCAGUCUGCGAGGGCGAGGGCGUUUCUAGAGAUCCGCGAGGCGGAAAAGAAGGCGCUGGAGGAAGACAACGAGUACUACCGGGAAAAGGGGUACAAGUGGAUGAUUGACACACCAUAUAAGAAGAAGCAGAGAAGGGUGGCAAAGCGCAAGAAGGGCGGCCAGGACAGAUUCGAACGCAGGGCGGUGCGGCAGGACAAGGCGCGACAGAGCAAUUUCGUUGGCCUCAGCCCUGCUCCCAUUCAGGUUUGA